AUGGAGAUGCGACGGCAAGCACUGAACAUCAUUGAAGAGGAAGCAGUUGCCGGAAGGACUACUGAGAUGUCUCUUUUGUCGCUCUUUAUGCUGGGGCAAUCUGCUAGCUGGCAUCUGCAAGCAGAUGUAGGUCUGUCACAGUACCGGCUCGCUAAGAAGAUUAUGGCGAGCGGAAGGCGUCGCAGCAACAUAACAGAUGAUUUGAGUUCCCCUGGGCGAAACUCAGUGUUUUUCCAGCAGUCUUUGGACUAUUGGAAGAUGCUACUUUCAUUCGUCACGCCCUUGGAUGAUCCCGCGUGUCCUCCGGGAGAGCCCCAAGGUCUGAGUUUACCUUUGCAGAUGAUCCCUCAUCCCUGGGCAAUAGUUUCGCCAGACUUGAUGGACCGGAUUCACGAAGUAGGUCGGCUUGUAUACAAUCACAGACGGAUGACUAUGCGAUCGAAAUUCUGGCGACGAACAGACCUUGCUAUGCUGCAGGACAUGGUUCAGGACGUUGGAUCGAUCGAAGUUUAUCUAUUGAACUAUCAACUUCCCGCACAAGAGGACAUUGUUGAUCCAGGCGAUGAUACGACACCCGUUUCGCACUUCCUAUCAGUCGCUCAGGCUUAUCAACUUGUCGCCCUGCUACAGAUCUACCGAGUAUUCCCGGACAUCCUUGAAGAACGUCUCAUGUCAGAAACCCCCACACCUGCCUUCGAAGGACUGCCGCAGCCCUCAUCAGACAGUGCCGAACAAUGGAUCCAGCAUCUUGCCAUGCAUACAGUUAGCAUCCUUCGCAAAGUACCAUUCGAGUCUCAUACUCGCUCGAUACAGGCCUUUCUUCUCGUGGCCUUGUCCAGCGAGCUGCGAUAUCCGACAUCCCCUGACGACAUUGAAAUUGUAACAAAUGAGAUGCUGGAGAUCACUGAAGCCCGAAAGUUCAUUCGUGGCAGACUCGAGGCUUUCAGGUUUGUCUUUGCUCCGCAGCCGGCGCAGCGUAAACUUGAUAUUGUACUGAAGGUCUGGGAGCAAUCGGAUAGGGGAAUGCCGAAUGUGUACUGGAUGGACGUGAUGAUAGAGAAUGGAUGGGAGGUUCUAUUUUGUUAA